AUGUACAUGCCACUUAUGCAGGAUCAGGGCAAAGUGGAUCACUUGGCGCAGCUUGGCCCGGUCCUGUAUGCGUGUGCCGCUCAUGUAACCGAGGGAUCCUUUGAGAAGACUGACAUUGGUCUUAGUCAGAUUAAAAGGCUCACCUCCAUAGUCGAUGGGCCGCUGCAGCGUCUGUCCCUGAUCAUUGCUGACAGCCUAGCCCGUCGUCUUCUCUGCCCUAUCCAGGGCUUUGCUGGUGCCCUCAUUCAUCCAUCCGACUACUUCGAGCAGUCAGUCCUUCAGACUGCUCGCUGCAACCUCGCCAUCCUCAGCCCCUACAUCAGUUCUGGAUUUGUCACCAUUAACCGGGCCAUCCUUGAAUCAAUGGAGGUUGAAAAGGUUGUCCGCAUUAUCGACCUCUCCUGCUCAACCGCCCACCCACGGCAGUGGCUCAAGCUCCUUCAUGACUUCCAUCGGCGACAAGGUGGGCCACCUGAAGUACGCCUCACCGUUGUUCAUGAUGACAAUGAUUACCUGGCCAACAUGCGGACGCUGCUAUCUAACGAAGCUGACAAGCUCAAAAUUCCAUUCCAGUUUAGUUCUGUGAUUGGCAGACUAGAGACCUUGGACUUCAGUAAUCUUCGCAAUACCCUAGACAUAAAGUACGGUGAGGCAAUUGCCAUCAGCUGCUCUCUACAGAUGCAUCGCCUACUCGUGGUUGAUGACAAAGUGAGCUGUUCUGGUAUUGGUCAGCUCCAGAAAAUGGCAAACAUCGCUCAACUUAAGCAGAUGGCCAGCUCAGUGUACAGCCCAGCUUCCACACUGAGCUAUCCACCAACACCAUCUCCUCAGUGUCAGACGCCGAAUUUGCUGGAUAGCUUCCUCAAUGCUGUCCGUGUGCUCAAACCAAACAUCAUGUUGGUGAUGGAGCAAGAUGCAAACCACAAUGCCUUGCUGUUCUGUGACCGGUUUGUGGAGGCACUUAACUAUUAUGCUGCCCUUUUUGACUGCCUCAAUGCACUGGUUGCAGCCAACCCGCGGAGGGCCGAUGAGCGGGCACGGGUAGAAAGAAUGGUCCUGGGGGAAGAGAUAAAGAACAUACUUGUGUGUGAAGGAGUCCAUCGGCAUGAGCGACAUGAAAGGCUGAGCCAGUGGGCAAUUCACAUGGAUAGGUCUGGGUUUGACCAUGUGCCACUCAGCUUCCGUGCCAUUUGGGAGGGUAAACAGAAGCUCAUGAGCUUCGGAUUAAAUGGAUGUCAGAGCAAGGUAGAAAGUGAUUGCCUUCUGCUGUGCUGGGGUUCCAGGCAUCUCUACUCUAUAUCGGCAUGGAGGCCACAUAAAGGCUCAGCUUCUGGGAGCAGAGAGCAUAUGCUAGUGCAGCCACAGCGCCGAAUAAUAUGA